AUGUUCUUCGGAUGCUGCUGCACCGAAAAGGAGGAGGGUUUUGACUCUCUUGCAGUGGAUGAGAAGGAGACCAAAUUGGUGAAGGCAUCGCCAGCUUUGAAAAGUUCAAUGGCAGAGGACUCUGGCUUGAUGGAACAGAAGAACUGCUACUUGGUCACUUUGCCGCGCGGUCCUGAUGGAAAGCCGGACAUCGGGGUCGAGAAGUCAGACUCCGACUUCUUGAUGAUCAAGAAGAUGACUGCGGGAAUGUCGAGUUGGAAUGAGUCUCAUCCGACUUCGCAUCAAAUCGGGGUCUUCGACCGCAUCGUGGAGGUGAACGGCCAAGCUGCCCCAGGAAAAGAAUUGGGCCGUAUCUUGGAAACUCCCUCGACGGGUGAUGUGACGCUCUUGCUCCAACGUCCGUCAACUAGAGUGUUGACUUUGAAACGCCCUGGGAAAUUGGGUAUCAUCGCCAACUACAUGCCCAACUAUUCCUUGAAACCAUGGAUUGACACCGUGGCGGAUGGAUUGGUUGCCGAUUGGAACAAGGCUUACCCUUCAGAGAAUCUACCAAGGAAGAAGUAAAGGCUUUGAUUACCAACAAAAUGUUUUUUGCACAAACCUCGUCCUAUGGACAACACUACUGACUAUGUGGAGAGUUGUUUUGAAUGGCGCUACAUGUCAAAUGCGUGUUCAUGCGUGUUACCCAAAUAAAAAUGAUACAGGGGCAAGACCAUAUAAAUGAACCAGCUUCACCAAGAUCCCACGUUUAAAGUCGUUUUGUUGAGAGUGGCCCCUGUCAAAGCAUAGCUGCCAUGAAUCCGGAGAAAGUUGUCAGAUGCUGUUCUCGC